AUGAAUACCACCGAACUAACCAUAUUCGACGGAGAACAAGAAGAGGAGGCUAUAUACUCUGGACCAGUUAUAGUUUUAAUUCGGGAUACUGUAUUUUGGAUCGUUGAACAUCUGAAUGGCUCAUUUGAGCACUCUGUGAUUAUUAUAAACCUAUUGCAUUUGAUUAUACUUCUCCAAAAAGAUCUGCGAUCAAUAUCGAUUUUCAUUCUGAUGAUUGGAAUUUGUGUCUCUGAUAUUUUGGGAUUUUCGGUUCUAUUCUAUAAUUUGGGUUUGGAGAGAAAUAAUUAUCAAAAGUUGAAAAAUAAUUUACGAUUAAAUUAUCCGGAAUACAUGGCUUUAUGUUUACCAGGAUAUUAUUACAGUAUCGAUUUAAUUGGGACAAUUAAAGUGUUGAUUUUAAAUUGCACAAGACCAAUUUCCAUUUGGUUGGCUAUUUUAAUGGCAUUUAUUCGAACUUUAUCGAUUAUUUUUCCAAUGAGCAAGUUUGUGGAAAAAUUGGGAAAUGCGAAAUUUGCGAUUCUUUCGAUUUUUGUUGUUUGUAGUUUUUGGAUGAUUUAUUACUCGUGGGAUUUGGUUUUUAUUGAAAAAUGGUGGUUUCCCGAUCAUAUACAGUAUACCUGCCCCUACAAAACCCGAGCUCGGAAUCAGAAAAUCACAAUUUUCGUAAUUUCUCACGACAAUUAUUCUGGAACAAUCGAAAAACGAGAAGAAUGGGAAUAUUUAGUUCGUCUUAUUCCAGCGUUAUUUUAUCCAUUUCUCACUUUAUCAUUGCUCAUUGAGCUCAUAAAAAUACGAGAAAGACGGAAAAUUCAAAAAAUGGAUGGGGAUCAAAAAUUUGACAGUACCACUAUUUUAAUUUUAUUUAUGACUAUCAGUUUUAUGCUAUCAGAAGGAUUGGAAGGAAUUUCUAGUUUGGAUAUUUCCCACUGGUCUGAUUUAUAUUUUGAUUUUGUCCACGAUUCUAAAGUCAUUCGAACUGUCUCAAUUUUGAAAUUAAUUUAUUUUAUAAUAAUUCUAAUUCUGUUCAAUCUGACUCACACUCAUCAAACUCUUUUGUCCCUUUUGGCCGUUCAAAGAUUCCUUCUGUACUUUUUUCGAGAUCAAGAUUCACGUAUUAAUUUUGAAAUGAAAAGUACAACCAAACUGAUAUAUGGUAUACAUUUAUUAUGUUUUCUUCCAAUUGUCUUACUUUUCGUUAUUGGUCAAACGUAUGGGCAUGAUGGAAGUCGGGAGAGGAACCUUUUUAACAUGAUGUCAUAUAUUGCAAACUUCCUGAUGGUUUUCUCCGCCAUUCUAUACAUUCCCAUCUACAUUAGCAUUUUUGGUAUCCGCCAUUUACCCAGCGUUGAAAAACACAAGCCACAAAAUUAUAUCAUUUAUCGAACAAUUCUCCUAUACGCUUUCAAGACUAAUGGUUCAAGUUUGAAUUUCCACUUGGACUUUAUAUCGACCCCAUUAUUAAUUGAAAUACCGUAUCUUUUCUGUAAUCGACGGAAUGUGAUAGCAAUGAAAAAACGAUUAUCCUUAAAGUAUUUAUGGUCUAAAAUAAGGAAUCGAAACAAUCAAGUAGGAGGAAUUAAUACUCAAACUGCAAUUUCUUAUAUUCAGUCGACUCAUGUUUAA